AUGUGGUGGAAGAUAGCUCUACUAUUGGUUUUUGCAAUCAAUCAAUCAUUGACAACCUCCUUUGAUCUCCGCGGCGUGAUCAAUGGUAACCGUAUGGCUGGUGUGCCGCUGGGCAUGUCUCUAGGAGCCGGUGAGUUGGACGUGGAAGGUAUUUGCAUACGCUCUGGAAUGGCAUGUCAGAAUUGCACUGUAUCCAUUACUUGCGUGCCGCUACCCGUCGGAUGGCUUAAGGUACCCUUAGAAGAAUGCAAAGACGGGUUCACGUGCAAUGCUGGCCUUGGCAAAUGUUCCAAAGAUGCAGCUCCUGAAUGUGAAGCCAGCGCUCGACAGUUUCAACAUACUUGCGAACAGGUAGGAAUAUUUCCAGACGCCUACGAUUGUAGAAAGUUUCAUUUGUGCUCACCCCCUGAAGGUUUGCCUGAUGGAAGGCCAGCAGAUCACAGAGCGGCUUUGUGUCCAAGACAUUAUGGGUACAAUCCUCAAACUGCUCAAUGUUCUAUCAAACUACAAAACGGUCAGUGCAGUGAAAAACCUGUCCCUGAAUGCAGAAGUAUUGGCCAGAAUGGAGUUCUGCCCUCAAGUUCCAAUCACUACUACGUAUGCCUUAUCAAGAACCAGACCUUGUAUCCUCAAAUCUUCAUCUGCCCUCACGGUUGGCAUUUCUGGGGCGGUUUCUGCCAACCUGAACCAGAACCUAAACAAAAUCCUGUAGUAACACCAGAGAGUGAAACAAACAAAGAAACAAAAGAAAGUAGCGAAGAGAAUUCUGGCAAAGAAGAUACUGUCAAAACUUCAACUUACAAAAUUGACAAUUUCUUCUCAACUGAAAAAGUUGCAACGUAUGCUGCUGACACUUUCUUAGCUGAUAAAUUUGACCUGUCGAAUUAUGAAACGACUGACGAUGUACAACCUUCUCAAAGUGACGAUUUUUUCAAUUCUUUUGAAAAUGAUAAUGAUUUCUGGUGA